AAUACUCUGGUGGCCCCACUGCCCUGAGGGGAGUCUGGGGGUCAGCUGGCCUCUUGGACUUGGCACGGGGCCGGCCCCGCCUCCCCCUCCCUCGGUGGGGCCUAGACGGUCGGGGCCGCGAGGACAUGGAGCCUUCUCCCGCCACGGUGGGCUCGGAGACUACUCGCCUGGUGAGCCCCCGGGACCGUGGCAACGCCGGUGGCGGCCUGCGUUUGAAGAGUCUCUUCACAGAGCCCCUCCCCGAGGAGCCCAAAUCUGUGGAGAUGGCCUCCCACCACUGCCACAGGGACCCCCUGCCACAGGGUCUCACCCCUGAGAGGCUGCGGGCGCAGAGGCAGCUGUGUGCCGCCUGCGCCGUGUGCUGCAUCUUCAUGGCUGGGGAGGUGGUUGGUGGGUAUUUAGCACACAGCCUGGCCAUUAUGACCGAUGCAGCCCACCUGCUGGCAGAUGUGGGCAGUAUGAUGGGCAGCCUCUUCUCUCUUUGGCUCUCUACCCGUCCAGCCACCCGCACUAUGACCUUUGGCUGGCAUCGCUCAGAGACUCUGGGGGCUUUGGCCUCUGUGGUCUCCCUCUGGAUGGUCACUGGCAUCCUCCUGUACCUGGCCUUCAUCCGUCUGCUGCACAGCGACUACCACAUCGAGGGGGGCGCCAUGCUGCUGACCGCCAGCAUCGCAGUCUGUGCCAAUCUACUGCUGGGCCCCACCACAGCCACGGGUCUAGGGGGGCUGAGUAUGCACCGCUGGAGGAGGGGCCCUCGGAGCCCCUGUCCCUGGGGAACACCAGUGUCCGGGCAGCCUUUGUCCAUGUGCUGGGGGACCUCCUACAGAGCUUUGGGGUGCUGGCCGCCUCCAUCCUCAUCUACUUCAAGCCUCAGUGCAAGGCAGCUGACCCCAUCAGCACCUUCCUCUUCUCUGUCUGUGCCCUUGGGUCCACGGCUCCCACCCUCCGAGAUGUUCUCCGUGUCCUCAUGGAAGACUCUACUGCGGACCCAGAAGCUGUGCUGGCUGAAGCCACGUCCAGGCUCCACUCCCGAUUUGGAUUCUCCAGCUCUACCUUGCAGGUGGAACAGUACCAGCCCGAGAUGGCCCAGUGCCAGCGCUGCCAGGACCCCCCCCAAGCCUGAGCUGGCCCUGCCUUCUCCCCACUGCCAGGCCCUGGCUCAGCCCUGGACUCUCAGCAGCUGCCUCCCUGCUCGUGGAGAAGGGACUGAGCUGGGCCUUAAUCCUUCCUUUCUCCCUCUUUCUACCUGCCAACUCCCCAGCCCCAAGCCCCAGUGGGCAAGACCAAAGUGUGUGUGUGGGGGGUGGGGAGUGGGGUGGGAGUUGGGCUGAGCAGGGAAUCAGUGCAGUGGGGAGGGGUUGGAAUUCUCACCGUCCCAGCUCCCUGUGGCCUGGGGAACACGAGCAUCCUUUCCAUGCAGCUCAUCUGUGUGGCAGGCUGGCUGGCUGGGGCAUCUGCCUGUCUGUGUGCUGUUGGUGUGCCUGUGCCUGGGGGAGUCAGCCGGGGCCCCUCCCCCUGUGGCCCUCGCUCUGUCUAUGCAGGAGCCCCAAGAUUUGCACUUUGUCCGUGUGUUCUGGCCCUGUGGUUUUGUCUGUGUGUGUGUAUGUGUGUGUUUCUUGGUGCUGUGGCCUGUGUGUCUCUGUGCCUGUGUGGCUUCGCUGUGGUUGCUAUGAGUCCACACCAUCCAUGUGUCCAUUUGGGGGUCUGUGUCUAUCCCUCUGUUGGUGCUGUGCCCUUGGCUAUCCCAGAGAGGCAGGACUCUGCUGCAGCUCCACCAAUAAACGUGUGUCU